AUGGUCGAUCAUCUGGAAGAGGAAUUACCACUCACCGACCAUCUGAAACUCGAGCUUCUGUACCCUGAUUGUUGCAUCAUAAUCUUAAUUGAUUUUAUAUACUGUUUUCAGAAUCGUUCUGCAAACACUCUACACCGAGUAGAAGAUGAACUGGGAUCUGCAAAUGGUAAGAAAGCAAAAGAAUAUAUGGAGAAAGGGCAGUUGGUUCUAGAUGAGAUAGUUGGCAUGAUGGUGAAGGAUCGUUUAUCACAAUCAGAUUCUGCUGAAAAAGGUUGGCUUUUAGAUGGAUACCCAAGAAGCUCAUCACAAGCAACUACACUUCAAGCCUUUGGUUUCCAUCCAAACCUUUUUAUUCUUAUUGAAGUUCCUCAGGAGCUUCUGGUUGAUAGAGUGGUUGGGCGUAGGUUGGAUCCUGUUACUGGUAGAAUAUAUCAUUUGACAUAUUCACCCCCCGAAACUGAAGAAAUUGCUGCAAGGCUCACCCAACGUUUUAAUGACACAGAAGAAAGAGUAAAGCUUCAGCUGCAAACACAUAACCAAAAUGUUGAAUCAGUUCUUUCCAUGUUUGAAGAUAUUACAGUCAAGUCAUUGGUCCUUGAUGAACUUGAAUUCAAGAAACUAUUCAUGGUUCAUAGUUAUCUUGGG